UGCUAAUUAGCAUUGUGGCAAACAUGCGCAUAUGCAGUACGUGUAGUUUGCGGCACUGCAGAUGGUUUUGCAGUGCCACAAACUGAAUGUGUGCACUCGUGGGGAUGCACCUGUUGUGGAUAUGGGUAGAAUUAAUUCUCCAUUGUGUGUAUGAAAAGCAAAAUGCACUUGAUCCAAUAAUCCUCCUGGUCUGUGAUUUCUUGUCAAGGUUACCCACUCACGUAGAAAAUAAUAUCAACUAUCCAAACUGUACACAAGUUGAAACCCCAUAAAAGUACAGGGGUGCCACAAGUUAUUCAAAAAGUCCUGCUCAAUAUAGUACAAACAAACAGAAGGAGGCAGUCUCCUUGCCAAUAAUUUCCAAGACUGUCUUUCCAGCCAGUACUCUGCCUCAAAAGAAGCACUCUUUAGCUUCCUGCCUGGGUUGUGCUACUACGUUUUCUGGCUUUUCAUUUCUUCUCUCACACACACAGAUACCUCGUCCGAAAUAGGCACAUCUACACGUGCAUUAAUGUGCCACAGUUACUGUGCAUUAAGUUUAGUAGCUGUAAUAACAGGUACUAGCUCAAUGCACCAUAACUGAUGCUACUGAACAGUAGCACAAGUGCACACCUCUUUGGUAAGGCAAAUGUGCAGUGAACUAAUUCUACUGGGCAUUAGUGUAUUAGCACGGCUUUUGCUGUGACACACUAAUGUGCAGUAGAAUUUGUCUACUGCACAUUUAGCAUCUCGUGUAGACGCGCUCAGUGUCUCAGCCCUCAUUUGUUUGGUUGGGUUCCGGAGAAGCCCUUUGACACACACGGCUCAGCCUCUGCCCAGGCCUUGCACAGGGCCACUGGCCCUGCCAUUGUUUCAGCUAUCACCAAGUAAAAAGAUAUUUAACUUAGCCCAUUUACUCAUUUAGCCCAAAUAAAAGUUGUCUACCAUGCCCACCAGCCACAGUGAAGUCUGGUUUCCCAUAGACCCAGAGGGAGGUGGUUAGCCUGGUUAGUCUAAAGGCAGUCAGAAAACAGUGUGGAUAUGUACCUUUAUAGACUAACUAAAUGAGAUAUACAUAGAGAGGGAGUACAAGCUUUCAUGAACCUAAGUUCAUUUCAUCCCAAGCACACUUGCUAUUACUCACCAGCCUGAAUUAACAUAACAUCCCCUUUACUCUAGUACCUGAAUACCUCAUAGUCUUUAAAAUAUUUAUUUUCACAGCACCCCCAUUUUACAGGCACAGUAAGGUUAAAUGAUAUUCCCAGGGUCACAGAAGAAAUCUAUGGUGCAAUCAAGAGCUGGAGCUCUCUCUCCAAAAUCCUGUGCCAAUGCUUUAAACACUGACUCAGCCCUCCUCUCUAAAAGUAGUAUAACAAGAUGCAAUUCACAUAGGAAAUAUGUUUACAGCACGUGGAUACAUUUAGUUUCACCAACUUCUGCGUUUCUGCAUCUUGUUUCUCUACUCUGACAAAUCCUAAAUUUCUCCAGAAAAUAGCAUUCUUGCAUAAACAAUCAUGCCCACAGGUAACAGGAAGCAGAUACUUCAACAUAAAGCUUAUUCCCAUUGUCAGAUAAUGGUUGUUUCCUAAAUAAACGUGUGGUUUCCCUGAGGCUCUAGGUCAUUGCCAGUUGCACUUUUUUUUAAUUGGUAAGAACAGCAGAUGACGCUUCAUGGUAUAUAAGUGCAUAAAAGACACAGGAGCACAGAUAAGCAGAACUACCGAGCUGCGUGGAUAGAAGAAAAGAAAAGGGUUGUUAAGCUGCUGCUAGCUAUGGCAUUUGGAGUGCUAAUAUGUAUUUUGCUAAAAGCAACAGUGGCACUGAGUGAAGAGGCAGCUAUUACCAUUUCAUCACUCACUACAGAACUGUGGAAUAAUUGGACAAAAAAGGACGCAGAAGAGUAUACAGAAGGAGCUGUAUUCCUGAAGCUUAUGCAAUCCUGUCUUGAAGAACACCACAGUUAUUGUAUUAAUGGUCUCUGUGCUUUUCAUAAUGAACUCAAGAAACCCAUAUGCAAGUGCCUUGCAGGCUACAAUGGGGAGAGAUGUGAGCACUUAACAUUAAAUUCUUUUGCGCUUGAUUCUUAUGAGCACUACAUUGCAGUGGGAAUUGGCGUUGGAAUGUUACUGAGUGGGAUUGUUGGCGUAAUCUACUGCUAUUUUAGAAAGAGGUAUGGGGAAAAAUGUAGAGGUAUGUUCUGUAGAAUGAGAAGUGUUGUAAACAUUUCUAAAUCAUUGAGAAUACUUCAAAGCAAUGGCCCAGUUCCAUGGAGAGGGUUUAAAAUUGAAAAAGGUGAUCUUUGCAUUAUAUUCCUCUGAAUAAUGUGACGAAUUGUGGUGAGGAUUAUCUACAUGUUAGAGCAGGAGAAUCAGAAAUCUGUGUUUAUCAUUGUUGCUUGUUGAUUGUAUGACUUGACACAUCACUUAAAUGCUUUAUCAAUCUAUGAAAUAGUUUUGAAACUAUCCAUCAAAUCUGAUUUCCUUGUGAUUGCUUCCAUGAGCAGGAUUUUGCUCUGCUUUGCAUAUUACAGGUCUACAAGCAUGUGCUUAAAUUCAUAUGAUGUUAUCCAUUUUAGAUGCAGGAAGUUAAAAUCACCUUACAAAGUCUGCAUUGGGGAGACGGCAUUGUGAGAGCCUGACAUGGGACCUUUCCUAAUUUGCCUGUAGAGGUUCUGAAUUGAAAGAACUACUGGUGCCAGCACAAUGCGAGCAUGUACCAGAGCCUGAAUGAUGACCUGAAACACUGGGAAUUGAAUAUAGUUGAUAUGUCAGUGGAAUGUCUGCAGAGCUGCCUGGCGUCAUUCAAGUUGGAGAACGACUCUGUUGCUUUAGUAAAGGUUGUUGGAUGAUAUGACUGAGUCAAAAUAUCUGAGAAACCCUCCUGUCUUCCACUGCUCUGUUCCAGUUCAUUUGUUAGCGGUGGAAGACUGUUUUUCUGAAAUGCUUUCAGCCGUUUCAAGUUCUCAUGGUUUGACUGGGAAAUGUUCUCUUUGAAGGAAAAGCACAAUACAUCUCAAUGAUGGAGCAGCGUUCUAGAUAUCACACAUUGCUGAAGGCAAAAACCAAUCUGGCCAUCUUCUGUUUUCCCAGUAUUCUCUGGGCCAAAAGGAAAUGUCUGACACAACUACUACAGGUGCUAAAUGCAAUAUGAUCUGUACUUCUGUUGCCACAAUGGACAAGAGCAUAAAAAGCUUUAGAAGGGAAGUGGAUAAUUCAUAAAAGAUAUCAUUUAAACUAAGGAAAAUAGAAAUAAUCCAGUUAUGGAAAAAUAAUAUAAAAUAUCAGACCAUGAGAUAUCAGGGCAUUGUUGGUUCUGGUUUUGACAACAACAAAAAAAGGAUCAAUUAACUAUUCAUAGUGGACAAUGUUUGACCUUCCCUUCCAUCCUGUAACGACUUACCAUAUUGCCAGGCUUGUCAGGUAGACCUCACCUUGCAUAGAGAUAUCUGAUUGUGCUAGGCAUAGACUCCUGUUGCUGUGGAAAUGGAAUUUCUUAUCAGAACUCACUAAUAUAGUUCUGCUCAGGGGGAAGAGACAUUUUGCUUCUUUCUCAUGGAAUGGCUAGAAUAUCAGCAUUAAAAAAGGAUAAAAUUGUGAAAGGGAAUGUAUACUUUUCUGUACUGCCCACUGUAAUAUUACUCCUUUUCUUUGAUUCCUUUCCCUACCAGUAGGUUUAAGCCAUGUCUUCAGACAAGGAGAUUUGUUCUUGAUCUAUGGGAAGAAAGUGAGUUCAGAAGACCAUGACAAUUAAGGGACUUUACAGCUUCUGAUUGAUAUUUGGAACAUUGUUGGUGCUGAUAAUACUGAACAUUACUCAGAGUGGUUUUCAUUUCAGCUGCUGCACACUAAUCCUGGCUCACAGCUUUUAUUAGACCCCUCUAAGAAAAAGUAAUUAAAAUGAUCAAAUGUCCAUCAUGAUGUACAAAGCCCUAUUUAGAUGCCUAAUAUUAAGUACACAGUUUUAAAACUGGGCUGACUUAUGUGUGUUCCCUUUAAGCAAGGACUGCAAGCUAUGGGUUUUUUUGUAACAUUAUUGAGAGUGCUAAUACUAAGAAUGAGGUACAUAUGAAAGCAUCCAGUUUAACAGAAAUGAGCCUUUUAUCAUAAGUACUCCUAGAGAUAGAGCACUUGGCACAAAGGCUGCCUAUAGAUAUGCUUAUUUGAGUUCUAAUUAGAAUGCUCCAGUGCCGCCUAACCACCAUGUGUAUUAAGUCCCUGCAUUUCAAAAUGGCCUCAGGGAUGCUUUAACUAAACCUUGUCAAAUGAGCUUUAGUUAAAGCACCCCUGCAGCCAUUGUGAAACGUGGUGGGGCUUAAGACAUGUGACGGUGAAACAUUUUAAUUAGAGCGGAUGUCUGGGAACCACUCUAAUUUAAACACCCCCCCCACACACACACUCCUUCCACCUCUGAGCACAUAUAUAGGCAGCCAGUGUGGUCAAGGUCUAUAACUAGGACUCCUAGACAAUCAGAUAAUGCAUGCAAUAACAGUAUGGCAUGCACUGGUUGGUAAGACGUGCCUUAGCAGCAAAAAUGAGCCAGUCUGUCCUUCACAGAAGGAUUAAUACAAUAUUAAGGAGCUGGACUGAUCUCCCUUGCCAUCCAUUUUCUCUAGGUAUUGUAGUGAACAUUUUUCAAGAUGAAUUGGUUUGGUAUUCUAUCUGCCUGACCUACCAGUCCUCUUCUUUCUCAAGAUAAACUCACCAAAUUUUCUCACUGUCCAUAUUCUCACGUAUUAGUUUAUUUUUUUUAUUUUUCCACGCUUUGAAGGGCAAUUUCUGUAUUUAGUUUUCAGUCCUGAGUGGCUUUGCCAACAUACACUGGUUUCACACAUGCGUGAAAAAUAUAAAAAUGGGUUACUGCACUGAACACCUACUAGAACCUCAUGCACAGCCAAGAGAAAGCAAGUGAGAGGAUUUCCUAUCAGUCUCUCAAGAAAUUGGAGGUGUUCCAGUAGGUCAAAGGAUCAAAAUAUCUCUCCUUACUGACAGCGAUCUGUACACACAAGGUACAAAUUAUGCAGAUUAUGUAUGUUUCUGGUAGGAAUAAUCUGUGUGCAUUGAAUGGCAGUUUGCCAGAAUAUAACCCUACAGUAAUGCAGCUUUUGUACACCAUGUUUUGGGGGGAUGCUAGUAGUUUGGUCACUAGGAAUUUAUAAUCCUAAAAAGUUUACACACAGAGAGACACAUUUUGUUCCACCUCUGUAUAGACACCCUGGUUGGAAUUUUUGAGGCUCAUUAUGUGCCUAGGUGGCCUCUCUGUGCCUAGAGAUGUGCACACUUAAUUCUUGUUUUGUGGGUGUGACUGAGCAUAUAAACAAAAUGCUCAGGGAGGUGGCUAAGGAGACUUUGUGGCAUGAAAUGUAGGUGUGCUCAGGGCACACCUAAAUUGUUAGGUACUUUUCCAGGUUUCUCUCUGGUGCCAGGCAGCCCUGGAGAAGCUGCCUGGGGAGAAUAUCUGAGGCCUUCUGCUAAGGGAAGAAAAGUUCCUUUAAAGAAACUGGAUAAAUAUUUCAGUACAAAUGAACUGUUUAUGCAUACAGGUGACCCAGGUCUGGAAGAGAAGAAAUGAGGAGAGGAGGUGCUUGCUGUAUUUUUCCACUGCCUUUUCAUGAAAGGCCCUUAGGCCUCCAAGGAGUGCAUCCUUGCCAACCAAGUGCUGUGACUUCCUUAGAGCCCAAGCACAGCUAACCCAAACUCGCAGGUCAUGGCAGUGGUUGAGGGUGACAGCCACGAGCAGGCUCCAUGGAGGAAGCAGGUGGCAUGGGAGAAGAGGGUGCUGUUACCUCUGACCCAGGGCAUUUCACCAGCUUCCCGUAGUGCCUAAUACAGGUGUGUCAUUGAGCAGUUGACUUGGGGUCCCUACAAAAGAGGUACACAGUGUGAUGGAUUCCUUUGCGGAGUCAGCCAUGCUGGGCCUGCAUACUCUGACCUCCUGUUUUGUGUUUCAGCCUAACUAAUGCAAUUCCUUCACAUAACCUGCCCUGACUCUAGGCAGGACACCAGGGUCUGCUCCCCUACCUCAAUCAGGUGGGAGUGACUUAGUGGCUCCCUAUAAGUAUAUAAAGGGUGUACAUCAGGAUCUGAGGGAGCGCCUGUUCACCAGAGCAUCCCACGGGAUGACAAGGUCAAGCAGUCACAAACUCGUCCAAGACCGUUUCAGGCUGGACAUAAGGAAAAAUUUCUUUAUUGCCCGAGCCCCCAAGGCCUGGAAUAGACUGCCUCCAGAAGUGGUGCAAGCCCCUACUCUGGACUCUUUUAAGAAACAUUUGGACGCCUAUCUUGCUGGGAUCAUUUGACCUGACUUCCUGCCCCUGAGACAGGGGGCUGGAUUUCCAAGGUCCCUUGCAGCCCUAAUGUCUAUGAAAUCUAUGAAUCUAUGAAAUUUGCAUACAGUAAUAUGAUGUGCUGGUAGAGUCCUUGCUACAGAUGCUUACACUUCAAAAAUCAUCCCAUCAGCAGAAGGAGGCACAUUAGUUCAUGCAUUCAGGGCCCUGACAUGGACACUGGUGUACUAUGCUUCUGCUUUGGUGGCUGCGCUGACCAGUGCCCUUCCCAGGUUUGCUGAACUCACAGUGCAAAAUAACAACCAACCUGGUUGGCCAGUUAUUCACUCCAAAAUUUACCUUCUGAACACCAGAUCCAUCAGACGACUCAGUAUCCCCCCACAUCCCCCUGCAAACACACACUUCUUACCACACACACAUAGAGUGAGGCACUUUCCCCAGAGGAUCCCCCUCCCCCCUCAUCUUCCUGAUCACUUCUCCUAUUUUUAUGUCCUUCCUCUUAAUAAUGUUCAACAUGAAUUCUUCUGCCCUAACUGCUCUGGGGAAAAAACCGAUCUAGGUAGUCUGGAAGGUACAUCUCUACCUUUCCAGAUAGUCAUUUCUAUCAUUCUCCCUUUCUCUUUUCUCUGACUUGCUUCUGCCAACCUGCAGUGCUCAACUGGUUCUGCUACUCCACUGCAAUCUAAGUGAGACCAAGGCAUUGCUGUCAGGCAGCAAGGGAGGAAGUAGUUACCAGCAAGACUUGAAAGAGCCUCUUCCCUUUCAUUUCCUUCCCUAUUCCCACCUUCUAUACAGAAGUCAUUCUGUGACAGAAUGAAAGGGGACAGAAUUAAAAUUUCACUUUCCAAAUUAAGCAAGUCCAGACAUCUCCAAUGCCAGUAUACACAGCUCUCAUCCACUGAGUGAGUGUUUGCUGAGGUACUGGCCCACUGACAAGGCACCAGGAAGAAAAGAACAGAAACUAAAGAGGAGCAUAGGGCACCUGUGGCAUUUCUGGUCCCCUGGGUCCUGCGUGGCACAGCUCCCUUUGGUGCUUCUCCUCCAAACCAGCUGGCUUGCACCUCCUCCAUUGUCCCAGCUGCCCAGCGUGUACCAGCCUCCUCUAGCUCAGUGAUCUUUGCUCUCACCUAUUGCUUAAACUUUCCUGGUGGGUAUGUGUUUCUUAUAACUUUUAUAUUUAUGCUUCUCAAGAUUAAAAAGUUUACAGUUGGGUAAAUGUGCUGUAUGUGACUUCCACUUAACUCUGAAGCAUGCCAGGGACAUAGAGUUUUCCCAAUCCAGAUAUGAUGUAGGUUUAAGAUAAUCAGAUAGAGACCCAUGGAAAACAUUGCUGGUGCUGGGAAACAUGGCUUUUAUUCUUGGACUAGCAAAUUGCCCAUCAAAAAUGGUGGGGUGGUGGAGGUGGGCAGGGAUGGAGCACUGCCACCCACCACCCCGUGCUGCUGCCGCCAUCGCCCAGGAGCAGGGCAAGGGAAAAGCUUUGACACGGCGGCCGCCACCGCCCCACGCUGCUGCUGCUUCACAUGCAGCCAUGUGCCACCCUCCACCGCCACUCUGCGUUCUCCCCACUCUGCAUCCGGCCCCACGUCACCCCCCCUCUCCCCCACCUCGCUCCGCAUCUGCCUGACCCGCUCCACUGGAGCCAUGCCCCACCUGUCAUUCUUGACAGGCAUUCUUGAUGCAGCACUGGCUGGAGCCCCACCCCCCAGGAGCCAUGCCCCCCAAGAGCCUUAUGAACAGACAGACACAGACAGAUACACAGACAGACGGACUAAGCCCUUUAUAUAUAUAGAAUAAUUGCUGAUUCCUAAUUCACAACUGGAGUGCCCAGUAUUCCUCCAUGUGAUGAAACUGCAUGCAUUGGACCUGAGUGCAUGUUCUGUUCAUUUGCAGUGAGGUGGCUUCCCAUUCAGGCAAUUUAAACUUUGGAGAUGUAGGAAAUGCAAGAAUAGAUUAGGGUCAUCUAGUCCAGUACGCUAUCAAGAAGUACUCAGCAGGCAGGUAUAAAAUAACCUGCCCCUCCAAGAAAGUUUUCUCCUAAGUCCCUGAAAUUUGAGGUUUGAUUAUACCCUGUCACAGGAGGGUUGAUAUACUAUCCCAAACUCAGUUAUUUUUUGGAUAUUUACUUAUUACAGCUUUGGCUAUUGCAGUACCUACUGAAUAAGUCAACUUUAUUUUUGCUAUUUGAACACCGGAAAGUGUAUUAUUAUAAAGCUCUUAGGUAACUCGCAUUGAAACCAGCAGGAGUCUUUUCCAUUGAUCUAAACGGGGACUCAUGAUACUUUAAGAACAGUUUGUGAAAUUUUAUUCCUGCUUAUGACUCAGUAUUGUACCCAGAAGGCCAAAUAGCUCUUGGCAAUUUUUUAUGUCUUUUUCAGAUCUUUCCAUCUAUAUUAUUUUCGGCUGUGGUUAUGGUCUACAAAGUAUUGCAUGCUUGAAAUUGUAUCCAACAAAUAUACAGGAUCACUGUAAGAAACAUUGUGGGUCAUCUUUGUGAGAAAAUGGCAUUAGUUUCUUGUAUAUGUCUCCUUACAUCAUUCCUGUGAGGCAGGCAAAUGCUGUGAUCCCCAUCAUAGAGGUGGAGAACUGAAGCACAGAGGCAAGGUAAAGAACAGAGGUUGAAUUCAGGCUUGCUGAGGCCUUGGCAAUCACCCUGGCCAGGAUCUUCAUGCACUUCUAGUAAUUUUCUUUUUAAUUACAUGUAACAGGAGUAGAACAUUCAAGAAGUAUUUUACAAAGGGUGUAAGAGGGUCAUUGUUGAUGGUAAAAACACACUGGAAGACAAAAGGUCCCUUUUGCAAUUAGUCAUGUGAGGUCCAUAUCACUAUGUUACGAAAUUUGUAUUUGUCUGUAUUGCAUUUCUGGGAAAAGUGUCAUCAUGAUAAGUUGGGAUGAUACAUCGGAACUGUCAGUUGAAUGACUUAACUACCUAAGCUGGAAGCUGCAGCCAGCCCCUUUUAUUCACCUUAGUUGAGCCCUAAUCUUCACAGAGUUCUGCUGAUUUCAGCAGCCACUCAUAGAGAAAAGAACUGCUUAAAUUGCAUUAGGGUGGUUGAAUCCAGCUUUUGAUACAGUGAUUCUUACCCAGGGUGCUGCAGCCUUGAGAUCCUUUCAGGGGUACUGUGAGGUGCCACACCUCGUUAGCAUGGUUAGGUGUGUAAACAUGUUUCACGAGAUAAAGUCCCGGCUGGAAUGAUCUAGUUAGGGAUGGUCCUGCUUUGAGCAUGGAGUUGGACUAGAUGACCUCCUGAGGGCCCUUCCAACCCUCAUUUUCUAUGAUUCUAUGACAGGUCCAGAGAUUUCAAAUAGGAAUCCAUAGCAUCAAAAAGCAUUCCAACCUGUCAUGAUCUUGUGAACUCUUUUGCAGCAGAACAAUUGCUGUAGGCAAAAAAAGGAGUGAAAACUAAGAGCUGGCAUUUUCUGAGUGGGAACUUGAAUCAAUUGAGGGGGACCUUGAGUCUAAAAAGAGCCACUGCCUUAAUACAUAAGCAUUAAAAAUAGCAGCAGCAGAAGACAGAAUGACAAUGUUGUUUAUAUAUUCACAAAUACUGGUAUGGCCUGAGUAGUAUCCAUGAAGCCCUAUUGCUGCCAAUAUGUAGAGAUACUGCAGUAGAGAAGUACAUAUCCUUCCCACACAGCACUAUAUUCAGCAGGCUCAGGUGUACCUGGCAGCUCAGACCUUUACCUGGUCCCUGUGUCCCCAGUUUCUUGUCACUGCGAUAACAUUUGUGCAUUCUACUGUAUCACACUCAGAGCAUGUUUUUAUCUUUGCUCAUAGUAAAAGUUCGCACCUGCAGAGGUCCCUACAGUACUAUAAAUCUGGGGAAAUUACUUUGGGACUCCUUUACAAUGCAGGUUGAAAAAAAAAUUGGUUUUGUGUCAAGAGUUCUGGGUAAACAGUCAUUAAUUACCAUGACAGCAACUGAAUCUUGUACUACAAGUAGACUAUGGACCUGCUUCUCCUUAGUGAAGCAGGAGAAGGUGGUAUAAGAAUCUACCUCAUUAACCUGAAGGCCAUGGGCGACUGGUGCCACCUUAGGGGGGGCACAUGCCUCCCCAGCAACCAAUCAGCAACUGGGGGGGGGAGGGUCCCCAAGCAGCGCUCGCAGGGGGGGCAACA